CACAUACACACACACACACACGCACGAUCAGCUUUGACCUGCAGUUUGGGAAUGGACUUCAUUUCAGUCAUGUAUUCUGGAGUUUGAGAAAAUCAGAAAUGCACCGGAGCAGAGUCUCUCUUACUGACCAGGUAAGAGAAAAGGGCCAGUAUGAGACUCCGCCCACCUCCGAGCUCCACAGGUUAUUGUGGAUCAAACCGGGCACAAGCAGCCAUCUUGAUGAGGUCAGACCGGGCAUCUACAUCGGAGACCUGUAUGCAGCGAAAGAUAGAUCCCUGUUACAGGCGCUGAACAUCAGUCAUGUUUUGAACGCAGCUCACGGUAAAUUCAACGUGAACACGGGAGCGAGUUUCUACAGAGGCACCAACAUCACGUACCACGGAGUGGAGGCCUUCGACAUGCCCACCUUUGACAUGAGUCCCUUCUUCUACAGCGCUGCCAAAUUCAUCAAGACCGCAGUGAACAAUCCUGGAGGUAAGGUGUUUGUGCACUGUGCGAUGGGUCUGAGUCGCUCGGCCACGCUGGUCCUCGCCUACCUGAUGAUCGAGGAGAAGAUGACGCUGGUGGAGGCAAUUAGUGCUGUAGCUCAAAACAGGAACAUCUGCCCCAACACGGGCUUCCUGGAGCAGCUACGCACACUCGACACACAACUGCAGCGCCGACACAGCACCACCUACUGAUAUGCUAAAAUGUAUCAUAGUGAGAACUAGAACAUUUCUGGAGCGUCGCUUGUACAAGUCCCAGUGAAUGAGCUGUUACUAUGGAAACGGUGACUUUUAUUAUAAUGAAGGCAUUAAUAUAAACCUGUGAUAUUGCAGCUGCACUACUGUCAGAGCUGCUGUUAUACACUUCCACUGUUACAUUCACUCGUCCCACAUUAUAAUGCAACAUAUGCCAAUAGAGAGGCAAUGUCAGACAGCAGAGCCGAUAGAGAGGCAGUAUCAGACAGCAGAGCCGAUAGAGAGGCAAUGUCAGACAGCAGAGCCGAUAGAGAGGCAAUGUCAGACAGCAGAGCCGAUAGAGAGGCAGUACCAGACAGCAGAGCCGAUAGAGAGGCAGUACCAGACAGCAGAGCCGAUAGAGAGGCAGUACCAGACAGCAGAGCCGAUAGAGAGGCAGUACCAGACAGCAGAGCCGAUAGAGAGGCAGUGUCAGACAGCAGAGCCGAUAGAGAGGCAGUGUCAGACAGCAGAGCCGAUAGAGAGGCAGUACCAGACAGCAGAGCCGAUAGAGAGGCAGUAUCAGACAGCAGAGCCGAUAGAGAG